CCAUUGCGAACAGAAAGGGUCCCUCUUAUUUGUAUCCAUUGGGGCUCCUGCAGCGAAAUAGAAACGCUCAUCUUACGCGUUACGUUUUCCCGUUAACCGUAUUUAAUGGGCUUUUAUCCGGAUAUCCCACAGUGUUACUAGCCGCUGGGUUUUAUUCCACACGUGUUAGCAGCAGGAUGUCAUACCCUCCUCCUAUGAACCGCCAGCAGAUCGGCAUCCCGCAGUUACCCCCCCGGAUCCCUCCUCCUCAGUAUGCGGGGUUUGCACAGACUGUCCCCCCAGGUACUCCCAUGAUCCCGGUUCAUAUGGGCGUUUUGACCCCCACACCCUCAGUUCUCAUCCCGACCUCAGUGUCUAUAACCCAUAAGCCGAUGCUCAUAAAGAAGGACCCGAUCAUUAGAGCCUCGGACGACAACGGCGGCCCGACCACCACCGUGUUCGUGGGGAACAUCUCUGAAAAGGCUUCUGACAUGUUGGUCAGACAGCUGCUUGCGAAAUGUGGUAUUGUUCUGAGCUGGAAAAGGGUGCAAGGUGCCUCUGGGAAACUUCAAGCGUUUGGGUUCUGUGAGUACAAGGAGCCGGAGUCCACGCUGCGAGCGCUCAGACUUCUUCACGAGCUGAUGUUAGGAGACAAGAAGCUGCUCGUGAAGGUCGACGCCAAAACCAAGAGCCAGCUGGAGGAGUGGAAGGCCAAGAAGAGGAGCGCCAACGGGGGCGCAGGUGUUGGGUCAAAGAACGGGGACGACGAUGGCGAUGACGAGGAGGUCCUGGAUGAAGAGACUCUGCACCGGGACCAGGUGGUGAAGGGAGCGAUAGAAAUCCUGACCCGAGAGUACGCCAGCGAGCUGAACGCUCCGUCACAGGACCCCGACAGCCAGCCGCGCAACAAGAAGAGGAAGGAGAAGAAGGAGGAGAAGGAGGAUAUCAACGCCAUGGAGAUGGAGGACGACAAGAGAGACCUGAUAUCCAGAGAGAUCAGUAAAUUCAGAGACACACACAAGAAGCUGGAGGAGGAAAAAGGAAAGAAGGAGAAGGAGCGUAUGGAGAUCGAUAAGGAGAGGAGGGAGAGGGACAAAGAGCGGGAGAGAGAGAGGGAACGCCGGGACCGCGAGAAGGAGAAGGAGAGGGAGAGGGAGAGAGACAAGGAGCGAGAGAGAGACCGGGACCGCGAGAGAGAGAGAGAUCGAGAGCGAGAGAGGACGAAGGAGAGAGAGAGGACGAGGGAGAGAGAGAGGAGUCGAGACGUCAGCGAGGGGCGGAGCAGAUCCAGAGAGAGGACUCGAGAAGACAAGAAACGAGACCGUGAAGAAGACGAGGAGGACGUUUACGAGCGCAGGAGACUGGAGAGGAGGCUCCGAGACAAGGAGGCCGCUUACCAAGAACGCCUGAAAAACUGGGAGAUCCGGGAGAGGAAGAAGGCCCGCGACUACAGCAAAGAGACGGAGCGCGAGGACGAGAGGCGUCGGGAAAUGAUGAAAGAAGCCAAAAGGCUGAAAGAGUUCCUUGAAGAUUACGACGACGACCGAGACGACCCUAAAUACUACAGGGGCAGCGCUCUGCAGAAGAGACUCCGUGACAGAGAAAAGGAGACGGAGCUGGACGAUAGAGACAGGAAGAGGGAGAAGGAGGAGCAUGAGGAGAUCAGACAGAGGCUGCUGGCUGAAGGUCACCCCGACCCUGAGGCUGAGCUGCAGAGGAUGGAGGAGGAGGCCGAGCGCAGACGGCAGCCGCCUCUCAAACUCGAACCGGAGGAGGACAUCCAGCAGCAGCAGCAGCAGCAGCAGCAACAGCAGCAGCAGCAGCAGCAGCAGCAGUCGGACGACGAUGAGGAUGAAGAAGAGGAGGCGGCGAUGGAGGAAGACUUCCCCGACGCUGAAGACUCACAGGAGGCCGAAGAACCGCUGCAGAUUAAACCCGUCAUGAGGCCCAUCACCACGGCGCCCUCUGUGUCCUCCGGCAGCGGGGACGCCACCCCCAACUCGCCCGGCAACGAGUCCCCCUGCGGCAUCAUCAUCCCGGGGGAAAACUCUCCGGAGGUGCAGCCCCCCGAGGAGCUGCGGCCCAAGAUAGGCCUCAGUCUCAAACUGGGCGCCACCAGCAGCCCCAGCCAGCCGAACGUGGGGAAGCGGAAGAAGCUGGCGACGGUGGAAAGUGUUUUCAACAGGUUUGACGAGGAGGAGGCGGACGAGCAGCCGCGCAAAAGGAAACUGGUUCCUCUGGAUUACGGAGACGACGACAAGAGCCUCGGGCUGGACGGGGCCGAGAUGCCGGGGCCCAAAGGCGGCGUCAACACGGAGGAGAAACGGAAACACAUCAAGAGCCUCAUCGAGAAAAUCCCCACCGCCAGACCGGAGCUGUUCUCCUACCCGCUGGACUGGGCCAUGGUCGACUCGUCUCUGAUGGAUCGCCGCAUUAAACCGUGGAUCAAUAAAAAGAUUAUUGAAUACAUCGGAGAGGAGGAGGCGACGCUGGUGGAGUUUGUCUGCUCAAAGGUGAUGGCACACAGCACCCCUCAGGGUAUUCUUGAUGAUGUUGCAAUGGUUCUGGAUGAAGAGGCGGAAGUGUUCAUAGUGAAAAUGUGGAGGCUGUUGAUUUACGAAACGGAGGCGAAGAAGAUCGGACUCGCGAAAUAAAGACCGCUCGUCUCUCCGUCCGACUUCCUUUUUUAAAUCCCAGAUCUGCUGCCCACAGACUGUAAACACAUCACACCCUCCAUCCCAUCAGCAAGGAGCAGCCUUAUCUGUGUGUGUGUGUGUGUGUGUGUGUAAGAGUGUGUGUGUGUGUGUCUUUGGAAGGGAGAGUCAGCUGUGGACAGAAAGGGAUUGCUCAAACAUACUGCAUGAUGAAACUUUGGUUGUGUUUUGUUCCUUUGUUGAUGCUGUUUGAGGCAGGAGACAGCUGCUACCCCCCCCCCCCCCCACACACACACACACACACUUGGUUCUGCAACACAUUGGACUCUGCUUUGAUUUACUGUCGUCCUGUUGAGGCUCCGUUGUGUGAACUGAUAAUAAAUAUGCUUUUUUUUAAGAAA